CGCGGCACCUGCCACCUGUUUACAGCUAGCGAGCGCCAGAUGCUGCUGCCGCUAGCUGCUUGCUGCUCGCCGCGAAUCUGCACGCCAGCCGAGACCGCGCCUCACUCGUGUCGGUGGUGACGUAAGAUGAGGGGCCCGCGCCUGCAGCGCAGCUACAGCGGCGACGUGGCCCCGGCGUCCACGGCGCCUACCUGCUCCAGCGGAUGGGCCGUCGCCGCGGGAGCCUUCGUGAUACAGCUGACGGUGAACCUGUCGGUGGCGUCGUACGGCGUGCUGGCGCUCCACCUGAUACUGGACGGGCGGGCCGCGCCGUGGCAAGCCACCGCCACGCCGCUGCUCUACGUCUUCUCCAGCACCUUCACCGAAGCAUGGUGCCGCACGUUGAGACCGCGGCGGUGGCUGGCAGCGGCGGGCGUGGCGGCGGUGGCUUUGGGAACUAUCAUCGCGUACCUGCCCUGUGGAGACCUCUUCGGCAUCGGGAUCUUCGCAGGCGCGGGCGUGGCGGUGGCGAGCUGCCAGGGCGCGGCGGCGCUGCAGUCGCACGUGGGCGGCCCGUCGCAGCUGUCGUCGGCGGCGCUCUCGGCGGCGCGCGCGCUCGGCCAGUUCUCGGGGCCGCUGCUGCUGCACGCGCUGCUGCGGCGCCUGGGCCACGCGGGCGCGCAGCUGCUGCUCGCCGGCGUCUCGCUGCACGCGCUCGUGGGCGCCGCGCUGCUGCGCAGGCGUGGCCGGGCCGCCGCCAGGGGCCGCGCCUACACGCUCUUCGGCGACGUCGAGCUCGGCGACCUCUCGCCCUCGCCGGUCACCGCGUGGAACGGGGACUACUUCUGCGGCACCGGAGGCAGCAGCCCCCUGCUGGGCGUUCGCGGCUGGCGCAACCCGGCCACUGCGGUCACCCACGAAGACCUGGACGGCCGGCUGUCGCUGUCGCUGCCGCUGCCGCUGGCCCUGGGAGGGCCGGACGGCCCUUUGGGACUGCCCUUGGGCGUGUCGCUGCCCAGGAGCCCCGUGCAGAACCAGCGCAAGCUGCUGCCGCUGGGCGGCGUCGACAUCAUGCCGCGCAUUCCCGAGGAGAGCGACGAGGACGGCGAGGCAGGCGAUGACGACGCGGAGAAUGAGCCGGCCAUCCAGCGCUGGACCACUCUGGAGGCCGUCAACCACGUCGCACCUGUCGACAGGGCCGAGGAGCCUCGGGCGAGCGCGCUGUCGUGUCCUCGCAUGCGCUGGCCGGCGCUGCCGCUGCACCUGCAGCGUCUGAGGCGGCGGCUGUGCUGCUGCCUGGACCUCGACGUGCGCUUCCGCUGCUACUGGUGGUGCGGCGGGCUCGCCUCGGCCUUCACCAGGCGGCUGACGUACGCGGCGGCGGCGCAGCAGGCGUGCUGCCGGCUGAGCGGCCCGCUGGUGUGCGCGCUGACGCCGCUGCUGGCGCGGGAGGCGGUGGCCGGCUACUCGACGCAGGAGGCGGCGUUCGCAGCCGCCGUGCCCGCCUUCGGCCGCCUCUGCGCGCUCGUCGCGGCCCCCUGCUGCGCGCGCCUCGCGCCGCCCACCGCCGCCUACCUGGCCGGCGUCUCGGGGCUGCUCACCGCCGCAGGACUCUACGUGCUGCUGGGAGCUGCUACACAUGAUGCAUUGCUGCUAGGGGCAGCAAUUGUUGGACUGGGUGAAGGAGGUCACUUAGCAUGUGGAGCAAGCUUUCUUGAUGAUGCAGACACUUCACUCCUGCAGCCUGCUGUGGAUCUUCUUGUGGGAACCUUCUCAUUGUUGCUUAUCCCACUUCUAGGUCAUUUGUCUUCUCUUUCAUCAGGAAUAUCCCUCUGUCUUGUUGUGGUUACUCUCAUACAAGUUGCUUCUAGUCUAGUGUGGCUGCUAAGGCCACUGGUACAAUCAAUAACAUCACAUUUCCAACAAGAACAUCCUGGGACCACAGAAUGGCGACAGUGUGCAGAUUUGCUCACCUUGAGUUAGCAAUGUUAUGUGAAUAGACAAGUGAAUGUUAUCAGAUGGAGAAAAUAGUGGUGUGCACGAGUGUUAGUUAUUAACUAACAACAAUAGAGUGAAGGGCAAGGACUGUAAAUGACAGAAGAAGCUAAAUGACUUUUGUGAUGUGUACUUUGACAUUUAUGUUGUGUCUAGGUGAAAAGACUCAUUUUCCUCUGGUUUACAGACAACAGACACACAACAGUGCUUCACAGUCUUUCACCAAAAUUAUUUUACAGCAUUUAGUUUCAAAUUUUAAUAGGCAUGGCAUACCAUCUGUAAUGUGGCAUUAUAUUACAGUAGAAAAAAUGCCAUGAAUAAUUCUGAACUCUUAGAACUUCUAUGUGCAGUAUUUCACUACGCCCUUGACACAUGAUAUGAAAUUCAGUACAUAAUUCAUCAUAGUUUAUCAUUUAUGAACAGGCAGUAUUCAUUUCAGUAACAAUCCUCAAAGAUUUUUGGGUUCUGGCAGCUCUAAUAGAUGAGGAGCAAUACAUUUAAGAAACAUUUUAAAAAACAAACAAUAAAAUGUUGUUUGACACAUGUGUGCAGUGCCUUUCAGAGGAUUGUGGCAAAACUGUUUUCAGUCUUUUCUACAUUAUACAAAAUUACUUAAAAAUCUUCAAAUUUAAUUUUAAAUAUUCAACAGCAGAAUGACAAAUAUGAGCAACAGACAUAUGAUAAAUAAUAUCCAUAGCAAAUUACUUAAGUGUGGUACUGAAGCCAUUCACAGAUUAGGCUUCACAUAGAAAUGCUCAUUGAAAUGCAUAUAUUGUUUUUCAUUUUUCAUUCAUCCAUUCCAUUUCAGUGUCAUAAAUUUAAUAUUAAUAUGUGCUGCCACACAUUAUUAUUAAUUUGAGAAAGAUGUGUGAUCUACUGAUCUGCACUGAAAAUAAUGAAUUAGGAUGAUGUCAAAAAAUUGCUCAAGUUACUUGUGAUGAAGAAUCAAAAUUGUGAAAAUGUUUACAUGGUUUUUAUAAGAAUUGUUAUUAAAUAAUGUUUUUAUUUA